UUCAUUCCAGUCAAAUGAUUCCUCGUUAUGCAUCUAUAAAAGACGGACCACGAAUCAGGUCUCCAAGGUGAAUCGAGGUCUCGGAAUUCGGGUUCUUAUAUCAGUCUGUCAUCUUUGCUCAAUCACUCGGUUUCCCUUCGGCAGAUUCUCGUGCAGGAGGAUCUGGCACCAUGGCGAGACUAACUACGGAGAACAUGCAGGGCAUUCCCCAGCCCUACACUCCUUUCAAGCUAAUGAAUGCAGAGUUCGCAAGGUUUCUUUCAGUGUCGACUGAGAACACGGCAAAUCCAGUCGCGGAAGACAAUGACAUCAACACCCUUCCCAUCUACUGGUACCUCAUAUCGUCUGUGAAGAGAGAGGGGUUCUACAACAUUGUCAGCUUGAAAAAUGGUCUAGCUCUAACAGGACACAACUCUUCGUCGGGCGAGCGUGAAGUGUUCAUGCAACCCCUGGAGGAGUUCAGUGAGAAACAACUCUGGACUAUGGUUCCCACGAAGAUAUUCGCAGAUGGGUUCUACCGUGUCCAGAAUUACAGCACGAAAGUGGACCUCCAGACUGUCGCGGCGGGAGACGGAAACAAGGUCACCACCAUUGACACGGGUGACAAAGUCGAAACAUUCAGCUUGCAAUGGAUAUUCAGCUUCGCUGAGGGCAUCAGGCAGGGAAUUCCCCCUCCUUCCAUGCCCUUCAGGAUCAUGAACUAUCAGCAUUUGCGAUUUGUGUACGGCGAAGAAAAAGUUCUUUUCCUGAGAGACAAGAUCAAUACCUUGCGGGAGCAGCAGUUCCGGCUAGUGGUACCCAGGUUGAAGGAAUGGCGCGAAUCCUACCUUAUCGAGAGUCUGAACAUGAACUUGUUUGUGACUGAUGAUGGUGUUUCCAAGGCUGAAAUUGCAGGCGUGCAAUUGGCCGAGAAGGAUGAGAAAGAUCUGAACCAGUACUGGAUCAUUGUUCCUUCCAAGAAGUUCGAUGGCGGCUUCAGACUCCGCAAUGCUAAAACCAAAGGCUAUCUCAUCAACGGCCCCACGCAUGCCGGCAACCAGCUGAGCAGCAUGUCCAGCAUUGAUGAAUGGCCCGAUCAGGUCUGGACGAUCUCUCUGGUUAUCCCUGCUCUCGAGCAUCACAUCCAUGAGUGAGUGGACGUUUUGAGCUUCUCCAGGCGUGGCAGCUGUGAUUCCCGUUCAUGGAGAAUGUCCCGUGGCAAUCCUUACUCUAUUUCAGAGCAAAUAACACGAGUGAUCUUAAAGCAGUGCACGGUUUUAGACAUUCUCGGCUCUGAACCGAAUGAGGACGUGCAUAGUUUCAAUAAACCGAGGCUGCGAAGCCUUGACCUCGCUUGUACAUUACGAAUUCCCGUAUCUAUUUUGGGCUCCGUAUUUACGCUUUCGCAAUGUUUGGAAUGGUUUCUGAUUUGAGAAAGGCCUUCGCUACUCUCUGCCAGUGCUUGUUCACUUCUGCGCUCUCUAGCACUCACAGGAAGCCUACUGAAUUCGAAUCCUCUAGGAAUGUAAGUGUCAUGCUCAGGAAACUUGAGUAUGUGAUGAAUCAACUUCAGUUUCCGACGUGAUAGUGAGCUUCUCUUUAUUUUUAAGUCUGUAGAAUCUCAAUACGG